AUGGCUGUAUUAGAAGAGGUUUCCUUUCUGGCGUUGUCCCACAACACAUUUGCAGUCACAGGAAUAUUGAUACUGCUUCUGGUAUCAGUCUUUUACUGGAUCUCAACAAAAACUGACAUCCCAUACAUUAAAGGCAUUCCUGAAAUUCCCGGUGCCCUGCCAAUAUUCGGCCACCUUCUGGCACUUGGCGACGACCAUGCCACAGUUUGCGAAUCCUGGUGGAGGAAAUAUGGCACAUCCGUGUUCCAGAUAAGACUUGGAAACACUCGCGCGGUUGUAGUAAACUCCUUCGAAGACACAAAGCGGAUGUUAAUCGGAAACCAAUCGGCCGUCAUUGAUCGACCUACCUUAUAUACGUUCCACGGGAUCAUUAGCAGCACGCAAGGCUUUACGAUCGGUAGCAGUCCCUGGGAUGAGAGCUGCAAGAAUAAACGGAAAGCAGCUGGGGCGGCGCUGGGAAGGGCGAAGAUCAAGGAUUAUUUCGAUAUGUUUGAUUUAGAGUCAUAUUGUAUCGUCCGGGAUCUGGCACGAGAUUCGAAAGAUGGAUCGACUGAGAUCUCAAUACGCCCUUAUAUUCAGAGAUAUGCGCUUAAUACUACUUUGACAUUGUGCUAUGGAAUUAGGAUGGAUAGUGUUUACGAUACGAUGUUGCGCGAAAUCUUGGAAGUCGGAUCAGCCAUAUCUCUGCUAAGAAGCGCGAGCGAGAACUUCCAGGAUUAUAUUCCUAUACUUCGAUACUGGCCCAACAAUUCCAAAAAUCGACGAAGUAAAAACCUCCGCGACCGAAGAGAUACUUACCUCAAUGCUCUUCUGAAUCAAGUUCGAGAAAUGAUCAAGAAAGGCACUGACAAGCCCUGCAUCUCCGCUGCUAUUCUCAAAGAUGAGGAGACCAAACUCUCAGGCGUGGAAGUAAGUUCUAUAUGUCUCUCCCUCGUCUCUGGUGGGUUUGAAACCAUUCCUGGCACAUUAACAUCUUGUCUCGGUUCGCUCUCAACACUUGAGGGUCAAGUGUUUCAGGAGAAGGCGUUUAUGGAUAUCAAACGUGUGUAUCCCGAUUUAAGAGAUGCUUGGAGGCAUAGUUUUCAAAGUGAGGAUGUCCCAUAUCUCAAUGCAAUUGUGAAGGAGGCGGAGAGAUAUUAUACUGUUUCCGCAAUGUCCUUGCCGAGGAAAACCGUUAGUGAGGUUAUAUGGGAUGGUGCAAGAAUUCCAGCAAAAACUAUGGUGUUAAUCAACGCGCAAGCUGCAAAUCAUGACAUUGAUCAUUUCGGGCCCUCAGCCUCCGUGUUCGACCCCGAACGCUGGUUAUCCUCUAAGACAUCUCCUCCUGGGAUUCAGCAUUUCUCCUUCGGCGCCGGAUCACGAGCUUGCAGCGGACAAAUCAUUGCUUCAAGACUUUUGUACACUGCGCUCCUCCGUAUCAUCAGUAGCUUCCGCAUUGUGGCCAGUGAGAAAUACCCGCCGAAUACUGAUUAUGUGGAUUACAAUGGGUGUAAGAGCGCUCUGGUUGCUAUUCCUAGGGAUUUUGAUGUUAGGCUUGUCAGGAGAGAUAGCUUAGAGGGAGAGGUUAGUUUGGAAGAGUGCUUGGAGGAAGCGAGGGGGAGAACUGAGGGUUAUUAUAGGGAGGAGAGUGGAGUGGGUGUCUAG